AUGCAAAUAUUUGUCAAGACCCUGACGGGAAAGACCAUCACCCUUGAGGUCGAGUCCUCUGACACCAUUGAUAAUGUCAAGGCCAAGAUUCAGGACAAGGAAGGAAUUCCUCCUGAUCAGCAGCGUUUGAUUUUUGCCGGAAAACAGCUUGAAGAUGGCCGUACUCUCUCCGACUACAACAUCCAGAAGGAGUCUACUCUCCAUCUUGUCCUCCGUCUUCGUGGUGGU